UGCGAGAUCGAUCGAUGGGGCGAGGGAAGAUUGAGAUCAAGCUCAUCGAGAACACGACGAACCGGCAGGUUACCUUCUGCAAGCGCCGGAACGGCCUCCUCAAGAAGGCUUACGAGUUGUCCGUCUUGUGCGAGGCUGAGGUCGCACUCAUCGUCUUCUCCAGCCGCGGACGCCUCUAUGAGUACGCCACCAACAGUGUAAGAGCAACAAUUGAGAGGUAUAAGAAAGCAAGUAGUGGUACCGCCAACGGUGGUCAAGCUUCAGAAGUCAAUGCUCAGUAUUACCAGCAGGAAUCAUCAAAACUCCGUCAGCAAAUUAACCAAUUACAGAGUACAAACAGAAACUUGCUUGGUGAGUCUCUUGCCUCCAUGAGCCUACGAGACAUCAAGCAACUUGAGACCAGGUUGGAGAAAGGCAUAACUAAAAUACGAUCCAAGAAGAAUGAGUUGAUGCUUGCCGAAAUCAAUUAUAUGCAGAGAAGGGAGAUGGAGCUGCAAAAUGGCAAUAUGUACCUGAGAAACAAGAUAGCUGAGUAUGAGAGAACACAGCAGAUGCCUGUGUUCCCAUCAUCAACAACAGCACUUGGUUUCGAGGUGGUGCCACCUUAUGAUUCCAGAAACAUGUUGCAAGGAAAUACUAUGCAGCCUGAUCAAACUUAUAACCACCAACAGCAGAUCAAUCUGCAACUGGGGUAG